AUGGCUGUAGAGUAUUGUGAGCAUACUUAAUAAAACCACGGAACAUACACUUAAAAUGGUGAAUCUUGUAUUAUACGAAUUUUAUCUCAGUUAAGAAAAUUACAAGCUUAUGUAUUAAUAUCAGCAUAUGGCUGUACAUCAGUGUGAAACACAUUUCCAAAGAUGAAUAUGUAAAAUCUCAUCUAGGUCAGCAUUAACUAAUGAGCAAUUGCAAUUGCUUUUGAUGGUAGGGAACACUUUAAACCCAAACUAAACAAGAGGUUAGUUUUUUUUUUAAACUCCAUUCUCUUUAGUAGACCUGUCUUACAAAAAGUUAUUCUCAAUUAUUGUUUGUAUAUUUUCAAUUUUAUGAAUAAAAAUUAUGUAAAAAUUAAUAUUCUCUCUUGCUAGAUAAGUACCUACAUAGUAUCCUCAACUGUGUUUCUCUCCCUGCAAACCCUAAAAUAUUUCCUAUGUGACCCUUUACAGAAAAUGUUUGUUGACCUUGCUCUGGGUAAAUAAAUUAAUGAUAUUUGCUAGGAGUAGAAUUUUUAUUUAUGGAAUGCUCUCAAUUGUAUAUGUCUGAUUUAGGAUUGCUUAUGGCAAGCCUGGAAUCUUUGGAUUUAUAACUCCCUAGAAAAUGUCAUGCAAGCGAUACAACUCUGAGGUAUUAAAUGGAGCUGUGUCACAACUUAAACAUUCCCCCCUGUGUGAAGUGACCCUCAAACCUCAGAGGUCUCACCUAUUAUUCCAGACCACAGAGGACCUAUAAGGUGUAAGAAGGAAGGACCUACAAAGCCUGCAGGACGCCCUACACCUCUCCCUACUUUGCCUGUGCCUCCUGGCUGCUUGUAUCUUUGAAAUUAUUAAUGAAGUUUGAUAUUAACUAAAUCUCUGAUUUCUAUGAGUCAGAUAUGACAAUCCAGAGCCAUGUGUCAUACAAGCAAUUUCAGCAACACCAUCCCAAAUAUUAUUUUAUGAGUGGAUUAGAGAAUAUGAACCUCUCUUAAAAUAGGUAAAAGAACCAUGUUUUCUAAAAGAAAUACUUCGUGUAAUUUAGUAAGGACAUAUGUUACAUUCUGCUUAACAGUCCACAUAUUUCUUUAUACUCAGUCCUUUCUGUAAAGUUUUAUAUUAUUUAUAAUUAAAAGUCUUUUCAUGAAAAAAACAUUAUGCAAGUAAUAAGGAUGCUAAAACCAUAGCAAAGGUAAAUUUCAACCCUAUUUUACCUAAGAAUUAUCAUCUGCUUUAUCAAUUUUGAAAACUGAUUAUCCCUUAAAAGUUUUAUGAAAUGUAUUGUUGCCUUGGAGACAGUUUUACCCAUUCUUUGUGGUGCAAUUCUUAAAUUUACUUCCAUCUCAAAACAUGAGAGUUUUCAGAGAAAAACAAAACAAACUUUUAAGUAAUUCUUAUUGACCUCCCUUUGGAAUAUUUUGAUCCCAAUUAGAUCUGCUAUUAUUAAUGUAUUUUUUCCUAAAGAUACAUAACUUCAGUACUCUGAAGUAGUUUGCAUUAAUUUAUAAUGUUCCCACCUUUUUCUUCAGACUCCUUAUAACUGAUUGACAAGAAAAACUUGUAAAAAUGGAAAAAGUUUACACUAUUGAACUGUAAAUGACAGUUCACUGCAUGUCACAUCAUGGAAACUUGAUAUCUUCAUGGUGGUGGAAUUGAAAGACUGAAAUCAAAUGAAAAUGUGUACUAAAGUGGUUAGUGGGAGAAAGUAUGAUAAGACACAUUUACUAAAAGUGGUUAAGUUUAUUUGAGUGGCUAGUGCUAUUAUGAAACUUAUGUUUGUAUUAUGUACAUACUUUUUAUUUUUGCUUUUAAGGAAAAACAUUAACUUUUGGGCUAUGUCCAGAAUAGCAUCAGCUACAUGGUUAUUCCCUCAUCCUACAAUUUCAGAAAACCUUUGAUAACUAAUUGAGAAAAUGCAGAAGAUCUUGCAAACAGAUGAAAUUACCAAUACCCAAGCUCUUAGAAAAGGAAAGGGGAAAAGAACAGACACAAUGGAUUCAGAGAAUGCAAACAGUGACAUGGACAAAAGACAGAGAGAUCCAUAUUCAGGAAAUGCCUUUUUGCUGGGUGAGAGCUCCAGUGAGGAUGAAGAGCCUUUAGCAGAAUUGUCAAAGGAGGAAUUGUGCACAAAAAUAAAAUUUCUGAAACAAAAACUCACAAACACCCAGAAAGAAAACAGCCCACUCCGAAAGUCCUUGGUCAUGCUUCAAGGUAAACUUUGAGAGCAUUGACAUUUUUAGAUGAAAGGGAAAAUACACUAUGAGUAAGCAGUGUUGAUAAUCAGCUGUCAAGAAUGAAAAAGAAAAUCA